UCCACCCGCAGCGUGGCUCGCCAUCUCCUCUCCAAAGAGAAACAGAAGCAGCCAGCGUUGCGCAGGGCACUGUGACAACGAGGGAGCGACUUUGUUCACGUUUUUUCUUUAUGUUCAAGAUCGGGUGGAAGUGCCAGAACUGUGUUCACGAACUUUCAUGCAACACAUGCUAUUUCAGGAAAUCGGUGUCGUUUGCAGCUUUGAAGUGUGAUGCGCCGCGUUUGUUCUGAACAGGAGCUUUGCGCACAGCGGAGCACCGAUCCGUAGCGACGCAGCGCAGGGUGCCCAGCCUCGGUUCUUUUAAGAGGGAGAAAAUCUAUCAAAAUGAUCCGAAAGAACAGAUUUCAGCCAGAAUGGAUUUGAUGGAUUUAAAUGUGUUGCUGGAAAACGUUUCCAGGAAUGGCAACACCACCGACGCACCGCUCUCACUGCCGUACCCGGAGGCAGCCACGGCACUCAUCAUACUUGUAGUUAUUGUUAUGAUUUCUGUGACUAUUGUAGGCAAUGUAUUAGUAAUUGUCGCGGUUUUGACCAGCAGGGCACUCCGUGCGCCACAGAACCUUUUCCUGGUCUCCCUGGCGUCGGCGGACAUCCUGGUUGCCACGUUGGUCAUCCCGUUCUCCUUAGUCAAUGAGGUGAUGGGUUACUGGUUCUUUGGAAGUACUUGGUGCGCCUUUUAUCUGGCUUUGGACGUGCUGUUUUGCACCUCAUCCAUCGUGCACCUGUGCGCCAUCAGUCUGGACCGCUACUGGUCAGUGACAAAGGCUGUGAGCUACAACCUGAAGCGAACGCCGAAGCGCAUCAAGUCCAUGAUCACUGUGGUGUGGGUGAUAUCUACCAUCAUCUCCUUCCCCCCUCUUCUCAUGACCAAGCACGACGAGAGGAAGUGCGAGCUGAAUGACGAGACCUGGUACAUCCUCUCCUCCUGCCUGGUGUCCUUCUUCGCUCCGGGUCUGAUCAUGAUUCUGGUUUACUGCAAGAUCUACAAAGUGGCCAAGCAGCGCUCGUCCACCGUGUUUGUGGCCAAGAACGGCCUGGAGAGAGAACCUUCCCAAUCGGAGACCUGCUUCGUCAGGAAGGACCGGUUCGAGGCGGAGAGCCCCAGCAGCUUGAGCUCCGGCAGCCAUCAGCAGAGGCAAGGCGAGUUGGACGACAUCGACCUGGAAGAGAGCUGUUACUCCUCCGACACCAAACCCCGCCAUCAUCGCUUCACCAAGCGCAGGAAGGUGGAGGGGUCGGAAUGCUGCCCGCCGCAGAGCUGCCGUCUCUCGUGGGCCUCGGCCCGGGCGUCACAGCCAUACCCGGAGCAGAAGAACCCCGCCGAGCGACAGCAGCUGGCCGCGGCCAACAAGACCAAAGUGGCCCAGAUGCGGGAGAAGCGUUUCACCUUCGUGCUGGCGGUGGUGAUGGGGGUGUUCGUGCUCUGCUGGUUCCCCUUUUUCUUCACCUACAGCCUCCAUGCGAUCUGCAGAAACAGCUGCACCAUCCCUGACGCACUCUUCAAACUUUUCUUUUGGAUUGGCUACUGCAACAGCUCGGUGAACCCCAUUAUUUACACUAUUUUUAAUAGAGACUUCAGAAAAGCCUUCAAGAAAAUCAUAUGCAGAACUUCAAAGCGCACAUGAAGGGGGAUGCUAUUUAUAUUUUGCCUCACUCACUCAUUAGUAAAGAGAAUUGGAAAUGUGUAGAGAUGCACCAAUCAGGUUUUUUUUUUUUCAGGCCGAUGCUAAUUUUUGAUUUUCUUUGAGAUCCAACAUGCCAGUUCCAUUUUUUUUUUCCAAAGAGAAAUAACACAUUAAAUAGUAAAAUGAUUCACCGACUGGCCUUUUUCUGGCCAACAUUGUCAGGCUGUUGCUGGAAUUUCAGAUUUUAUUUGGGAUCUGACCUGCUGGUUCCAGUUUUUACCAAUUUUAUUUUUCCACAAUUUCUUAAAGAGGGAGCUCAUUUUACUAAUUAAAUUAAAAGUAAAAUGACAUUUAUGUAAUUUUUUCCCCCCAAAGUAUAAUAUGAAAGUUUAUGCUGUUUAGGCUUGUGGUUUAUACAUUAAAACUAAUGUUAGAUCUCGAUUUUGAUAUCUUUAAUGGAGGGAAAAACACAUCCAAAAUUUCAUCAUCUGAUCUGCGGAUAAACAAUUCAACUUUCAUUACCGAUAUCAAUGUCCACUCACCUGUCAAUGACAAUAUUUUACCAAAUCUGAUUUAUUUUUCUGAAGGAAGUAGUGCAAGUUCUUAAAAAGUCUUGGACCUCUCUCACCCAUUAGUAUGAGACAUGAAAACACUAUUAAAGCACAUUUAAAUAGAUUUUUUUACUGUCUUGAGUUACUAGUUUUGUCUUUCAGCUUUCCCCUAUAUAAAAUAAAUAUGUAGUAAAUUCUAUAAAAUAGAUAUUAGUUUGGAAUCCAACAGAAGGAAUUUCAAACCUUUUUCUAUUUAUUUUUAAAAGCCUCUGUCCCUAUUAUGUCUUAGAUAUGUUUACACUUGAAAAAAGUGCAUCAAAGUACAUUUUGUUGGUUGCAUUUCUAGGUUGAGGGUGGUGAACAGUUAAACGCACCACUUUUGGUGCGUUUAAAGGAAAAGAAAACAUAAUUUUUAGCAUUUCAAAUUCUGAUCACCAAUUAGAGCCUAUUAAGAAAAAAUUAGCCUAUUGAUUGGUGCAUCUCUAAAAAUGUGUUACUGUGACUCAUUAGCCCAGUGUACUGCUGCUUCAUCGUUUUACUGUAAUUAUACUGAAAAAAACACAAUUCAUUGUAUUUACUGUAUAUGAAUAAAAUUUAUUUGGUGGAGCAUAUAUAAUAUUAGUUAAAAGGUAGUAAUCUCAUAUUUAGGCUAUUCUUUCUUAGGUAUGACAAAUUUUAGGUUGCAUAAGAAAUCUUGAACACCUCCUUAUUUCACCAAGUGGGUUGGAACAGCAUACAGGCAGAAUAUAUUUAGAGUAAAAAUGUGAAACUACUGAUAUGAAUUCCAGUGCUGACUGGGUUCAAAGCGAGCGUUCUGUGUUUUCAUAAAUACAAGAAUAAUCUUCACCAUCUUUUGCAUGCAAGACUGGCAGCUGGCAGGCGAGCUUGAAUGUAUGUAUCUGGAGGAUGAAAGGAUGGUUUAAAAGGCAGCAUUUAAACUUCCCCAUGUUGAGGCUAAUUCAUAAAGGUGCAUCUCUUUGUUUGUUUCUGCAAGCCACCUCAGCCAAUUCUGCACAGGAAAUAGUCAAACUUAUGUAAGAGUCUUUUCUCACCCUCUCUCCACGCCGUCACACUGUAUCAUGCUUGAACAAUGGCCAGAUAGGAGGCUUGCGGGAGCAAAAAUGAAAUACAGACAUUUUCACAUUUGGUGUCCUUGCAGCAGCUUAAUAUUUGGCCAGUAAAUAUUUAAACGGAUUGGGGUCUCAUCUCUCCCAUAAAACCUGCUCUCACAAUCAUGACAGGUGAUCGUUUCUUUUACUCCGGAGUAGCACAUCGACUACAUACUUACUAUUUUCCAUCAUAUACCAUCUUUAAAUACAAACAAGAAAAGAAAUGACACGAAAAAAUUACUCAUAUAAUCUACAUUUUCAUCUGUUUCAAAUAAUUAAUAUUGACAUGACAAAGUUCAUGGAAAGGGCAAGUGUUUGUUUAUGUCAAGCUUUAAACUUGUCCACACUUUUUUUAAACUGUGGUCAGCCUCAUAUAUCAUUGGCCUCUUGAGUAACGGCCUGUACUUCUCUGGGAAAGUACUACUUAGUGAGAGGAAGACUGGCCACUUCCAUAUCUCUACCAUUGUCUACACGGCAGUGCUGAGGAAAAAUAUACUAUUUAUAUCCUACAAGGAAUGUCUUCAAAGCACUCCUACAGCUCAAUGGCACCUCGCCAAAGACAAUCACUCCGUCUUAGGGGUGUCGCGUCUGCAAGGAUAUUUUUCUCUUUUUUAUUCAUGAGUUUUUUAAAUAAAAUAUCAAGAAAAAAGGAGUGAAGGUGGCUGCACAUUUGAUUUUCUUUUACUUUUGAACAAAGAUUAAAAAAAUAAGAGGCCUCCUUGACUGCUUUGAGGAAGGAAACCUAAUCUCUGAGGGGUUCACAAACUCUUGAAACAAAUGAAAUGUCUGGGCAACCCACACUCGGAAGACGGAGUUAAAUUAAAGCCUCCAGAUUUCUGCAGUGGAAGAAAGGCAAUGUUUAAUUGCCUGUAACUUAUUGGGACGCUAUUGCACGCUUGCUGUCACCUAAUUUCUCCAGAGGAUGCAGUUAUCAAUUUGUGUUUCAUUUACCAAGGUGGAAAAUGUUUACAUGAACGCUCAUUUGUAAUUUUCUGACUAAUACACUGAUUAGCAUCCGUCAUGACAAGGCAGUUCCCUUGUUGGAUCUCACAUCCCAUUUCAAUUGUCUUUUUAAUCAGAUGCUCCAGUGCAGCAGGAGCAGAUCAUGUCUCCUCAGACAAAAACCUGUUUUUAUCUGGAACCCACGCAUGUUGUUUUAUUUAGCGCAAAUUUUA